AUAGAACUUAAUAGAGCCCAUUUCCCACAAGUUGGCAGGCCGCAACAAUUAUUUGUUGGUUUUUUUGUUGCGGUUUUCCUUUUAGUUUUUUCUAGAAACGCCGAAAAAAUCAACAAUAAACAAAAAUAAAUUUCAGUUAACAAACGAGUUCAACGGAAAGCCAUGGCCCUGUAUUGCUGGGGCGACGCCUCACACGGUCAAUUGGGGCUCGGUGGCAUCGAGAAUGAGCAGAUCCUUCUACCUAGUCAGAUAGAGUUUAAGCCCGAUUCGCCGGUGCAACAGAUUGCCUGCGGACAUCGCCACACGCUCUUCCUCACUGCCAACGGUCAGGUGUACGCCUGCGGAAACAACGAUCACCACCAGCUUGGCCACGAGUUGCCCACCAAAAGGCCACGUAUGUCGCCGUUUAUUCCGAUACCUGAGCUGCAGGCCUAUGUUGUCAUCCAGAUUGCCUGUGGCAGCCGCCAUUCCAUGGCACUCACGGAAUGGGGCCAGAUCCUGAGCUGGGGCGACAACGAUUGCGGACAGGUGGGCCAUUCCACCGAUAACGAUGUCAUUGAGCUGCCAAAGAUCUUGCGCUUUCUAGUGUCCAGAACGGUGGUGCAGAUUGCGUGCGGCAACAAUCACAGUCUGGCACUCACGAGCUGUGGCGAGCUCUACUCCUGGGGCUCCAACAUCUAUGGCCAGCUGGGCGUCCAGUCGCCCAAAGAUCUGCCGCACUCCAAUGCCCCUCUGCGGCUGACGACCAUCUUGGGCAUCCCACUGGCCACCAUCGCAUGUGGGGGCAACCAUUCUUUCCUCAUCUCCAAGUCCAGUGCAGUGUUCGGCUGGGGCAAGAACACUUGCGGCCAGCUGGGGCUCAAUGACGAGCAGAAUCGUGCGUAUCCCUCGCAACUGAAGUCAAUGCGCACGCUGGGCGUGAGAUUCGUAACCUGCGGUGACGAGUAUUCCGUGUUCCUCACCAACGAGGGAGGCGUCUUCACCUGCGGUGCUGGCAACUACGGCCAGCUGGGGCAUGGCGCCAGCAACAACGAGAUGAUACCCCGCAUGGUCAUAGAACUGAUGGGCAGCACCAUCACCCAGGUGGCCUGCGGCAAUCGGCACACGCUCGCGCUGGUUCCCUCCGGCGGUCGAGUGUACAGCUUUGGUUUGGGCGCCUCCGGGCAGCUUGGAACGCGUAACACUAUAAGUCAGACGCUGCCCAAGGUGGUCAUCGGUCCCUGGGUCUCGCCCAAUGGCUCCGCAUUGAUGGAGUCCAGCGAAGGGGCCGAUAAAUCUGUGGUCAUUCGGAAAAUCUUCUCCGGCGGAGAUCAGUCGAUUGUGACGACCACUUUCUACGUGGACAAGGUGCCGCCCGAGGAUUUGCGCAGCUACAACCCCAAGUCCCAGAUCCUCUCGCUGACGGCAGAGGCCACACAGAAAUGCGCGCAUAUCAAGCAGAGCGACCUGGAUCUCCUGCAGUCCAUGGAGGUGAUCUUCAAGAGCCAGGCGUGCCUGAACGGCUCGUUUCUGCUCUCGAACGACAAGCAUUUUGGCUGCUCUGCACGCAAUUAUGGACUGGAUCUGAAGGCCGCCGAGGUGGCAUUCGAUCAUCUACGAAGUGUGGAGAACGAGAGCAUCAAGCAGGUGAUCUGGGAUAAUGUAACAAAAGAAUUGAUUACUUCGCUGGUGGCCUCCCCAGCCGAUAAGGAGAGCCUGCGCGUGUACCUGUUGCUGCCGCUGUACCAUGAGUUCAUGAACUCCAAGCACUACAAGACACUGCAGGCGCCCCUGGCCAGUGCCAUACUGAAACUGACGGAGAAUCCGAGCAAGGUGCUACACAAAUGGCUGGCCCAAACGCCAGUGGAUUACUUCGAGCGCCUGGUUAACAUAUUUCUGCACGUGGUGAUUCACAUCAUCAGCUUCAAAAUGGGUCUGAUGGCCACCAGUCCAACGUUGGAGAGUUCCCAAGAGCUGAUGCCAUACAAUGCUGAUUUGGAUGUCAUUCUGAAGGUAAUGAAUGUCCUCUUCAUCAUUAACAACUCCCGCAAGGAACGUGUAAGCUAUCAGAUAUUCUACUGGCCCGAACUCGACUGGUAUGUAAACGUCAAGCAGGAGUUUGUGAAAUGGAUAAUGGGGAGCCCGAACGAGUUUAGCAUUUGUAAUUUUUCAUUCCUAUUCGAUGCGUCGGCCAAGACAUCGAUGCUCCAGGCGGAUCAAGUGGUCCAAAUGCAUUCAGCGAUGGCCAAUGCGGCCAACAAUCAGGGCAUCUUCAAUCUCUUUAACUAUGGCAUGCCCAUCUCGCACUACAUCGUUCUGAAUGUGACGCGGGAGAACUUAGUCCAGGACUCCCUUCGCGAGCUGCAGCAUUACUCGCAGAGUGAUCUCAAGAAGCCGCUGAAGAUCAAGUUCCAGGACGAGGAAGCUGAGGAUGCUGGCGGUGUGCGCAAGGAGUUCUUCAUGCUGCUGCUCAAGGAUCUGCUCGAUCCGAAGUACAGCAUGUUCAAGGAGUUGGAGGAGUCGCGUCUACUGUGGUUCGCGGACGUCACCUAUGAAACGGAGAACAUGUACUACCUCAUCGGCGUGCUCUGCGGACUGGCCAUCUAUAAUUUUACAAUCAUCAAUCUGCCCUUUCCCCUGGCACUCUACAAGAAGCUGCUAAACAAACCCGUCGAUCUGAGUGAUCUGCGACAGCUGUCGCCGGCGGAGGCCAAUUCUCUGCAGGCACUGCUCGACUAUGACGGCGAUAACUUUUCGGACACCUUCGAGCUUAAUUUUGAGAUAUCACGCCAGGUCUUCGGGGUGACGCAGACGCUCAGCCUUAAGCCGAAUGGAGAAGAUAUUGCCGUCACCAUGGAGAACAGACAGGAGUUUGUGGAACUGUAUGUGGACUUUGUGAUCAACAAGGCAUCGGAGGUGCACUACAAAGCCUUCCACAAGGGCUUCAUGAAGGUCUGCUCCGGUCGCGUCAUCAACGUAUUCCAGCCGGAGGAGCUGAUGGCCGUGGUGGUGGGAAAUGAGGACUAUGACUGGCAGGCACUCGAAGACAAUUGCGAGUACAAAGAAGGCUACUCUUCAGGCGAUGAGACAAUCAAAUGGUUCUGGGAGGUGAUCCAUGAUUUAUCCGAAGCGGAAAAGAGAAACUUCCUGCUGUAUUUAACAGGCAGCGAUCGUAUACCUAUUCAGGGUAUGAGGGCCCUCGGGUUCACUAUACAACCAACUACCGAUGAACGUUUCCUGCCAGUGGCCCAUACAUGCUUCAAUCUGCUGGAUCUGCCACGCUACAGGACCAAGGAGCGCCUCAAAUUCAAACUGCUGCAGGCCAUACAGCAAACGCAGGGAUUUAGUCUGGUCUGAUCCUCCGAUCGAUCGGAAUUGGUGAGGGCGGGAAUGGAAGGGUAGAAUGGAUUUAAGCUAAACGUACAGGAAAACACACACACAACCCACACAGAGACACACAUUUAUCAGCGAUCAAAUCAACUAAAAUAAUGUUGUGUUUAUGGCUUUAAAUUGUUAGCUAGUUAUCAAUCAAAAUACCACACUGUUAUAGAACGAAUGAGAGAAGAAAAACAAAUAAAUCGGUGAGAUAAAAGGUCUGAAUAGCGAUAACGAUAAA